AUGGUGGAGACGAUGAGGGCUGGCAAGCGACCAAUGCUCUCCACGCGACGCAGCAGCCAAGGAGGCAUUGCCAUGUCCUUGGAGAUGCGCCCACCUCGCGAGUUGCUUGAAAAAAUCGGCAUCAAAGGCAAAGAAAUCGUCAAGAUCAUCAAGGACCGGGACUGGGGAAUCGUGGAGCCUCACGGUCUGCAGCAGCAGAAACUCUACUACCUACCAGAGAGCAAAGAAAAAGGAGACCAAGCCAAACAACAUGAGGAUUAUUUCGUGGGCGAAGGAGAACUCUACGCCUACAUAUUGAAGCAAGGUGGUCUACGAUAUUUACUACCGGACGACUCGGAUGUGUCCGACGUAGAGCCCACACAACCGUCCAAGGUAGAAGAGGAGGUAGAACAGAGCAACAGUGUGGAGAGUUCUACUGAGGAGAGUGACUCUGUAUUGGACCACUCAUCAGCGGGGACGACGACGGGAGAGCAACGCAAGUGGAAACGACGGAAGAAACUUUCGACAGCGAGAAGCAAGUCAGUGGAGAAAACCCCGCCUCCUAAGCGUCGACAGAAGUCGUCCAAGCAGAGCAGUAGCGUUGAUGGUAGUACAGCAGAUGAACUGGACAGGAUUCGGAUCGAUCCGAAGGUCAAAUUGGAGCGAGCGACCUACGGAGGGAUCGGCCAACAGACAGAGUUUAGUGAGUACGAGUUGUCGUGGAAGGCGAGAGGCUGGAGAGCGCAAUUGUUGCAAGACAUGGACGUACAUCUGCUACGAUCGGUAGCAGCAGUGGAUCGACGCCAUCGAGCUAUGGAGACAUCAAACGAGGAGGGUCAGAAGAAAUCGGGUCGACCAAUGGAAGGGGUUGGACCCCAUGCACGAGAGGCAGCGGAGAUUCUACAAGAACUCGAGGGCCUUCAGCACAGUAUUCGUGCAUCACAAGACGAUUUGUCGUCGAUGAUUGAGUCGACCAUCUCAAAGGCGGAGCGAUUGACUUUUCCCGACCGGAUCGAUCCGAUUGGGCGUAUCGGAAUCCCCGGCUUCGUGUCCACGGGCUCAGGGACGCUGAUCCUUGUGCGUGAUACCGAGCGCUAUCUGCUUCUCUUUGUUGCGGCUGUGCGUCGAUACCAACGGGCGAGGAGGAAUUUUUGUGCCGAAGAGACUGCGAGUGGGCUAUCGCAGCCAUGUAAUCGAGUGGUGAGACGAACAGACUUGCGAGCUCUUCAGCUGAGCAUCGAAGAGUCAAAAACUGAGCUGCAGGAACUGGCAACUACGAUCGCUGCAGAGGCGAGCAAGGCGUGUCUGGAAUACUCACAGGAUUCUACCACGGUUGGAUCUCCACUGAGCACCACACAGGGAUCUUCACAGGGUCUACAGUCUCCCCAGAGUUCUUCAGGAACUACCGAUGACGAUGGUAGCACCGACCACGACCAGUCCCCCGGCCAGCAGAGCGCAUCGUCGCCUCGAAGACUCGAAGGAGGCCAGUGGAACGAACCCUGUGCAACUAUGUAG